AUGACGCCGCUGGAUUUUACAGGUAAGGUCGCCAUUGUCAGUGGGUGUGCCUCAGGAAUCGGUCUUGCAACCACUCGGCUACUCCUGAGCUUCGGUGCGAAGGUCUUUGGGGUGGAUGUCAACAAUGCAGACCUGAUCCACAGUGCUUUCACGUUUCAUCGAUGCGAUAUUACCUCUAGCGUAGGCGUCUUGGAAGCUAUCCAACAUUGCUUGGAACUAUAUGGUGCACGAAUUGAUAUAUUAGCAAAUGUAGCUGAGGUCAUGGAUGCAUUUUCAAGCGCCGAUACUGUUACGGAAAGCGAAUGGCAUCGUGUUUUAAGCAUCAAUCUGACCGCUUGCAUGUACCUGACCAAGGCUGUUCUGCCACAUAUGCUGCCAUACACUAGCGGCGCCAUUGUCAAUGUUGGAAGUCGUGCAUCUCUCGGGGGAGGAGCUGCUGGUAUAGCAUAUACGGCCAGCAAACAUGGCUUGAUUGGGUUGACCAAAAACAUAGCAUGGAGGUUCCAUAAGCAGGGGAUCAGAUGCAAUGCUGUUUGCCCUGGAAAUACCCAAAGCAAUAUCGCCCAGUCCAUGCACAUGAAUGAGCUGGAUCAAGCAGCCUAUAAGGUAGCUAUACCAGUGCUCGACCUCCACGCUCCCUCAAGCUCUUUCCAGGCUGUUAUCAAAGCUGAAGAAGUGGCAAAUGUGGUUGUUUUCCUAGCGUCCGACAUGUCAGUAAUGGUCAAUGGGGCCGUGAUCCCUGUAGAUAAUGCUUGGAGCGCCCUGUGA